AUAAUAUAACAAUAACAACAACAAUAUAUUAUUAUCCAAUAAUAAGAAUAUUUUACUCUAAACAUUUUGUUGGAUAUUUCAACUUUCACACCAAAAUCAUACAUUUAAAUCGGUUGGAAUUACGAGUAGCCCGUGAAAUGCUCAUAUGUCUGCGCGCGGAUGUAUCUAGCGCAUAGUGAUGUUCGAUACCACCGAUGUCCUUUCAGAUCCGAUACUGAGUAAAAUUCAGGCUGGUAUCAGCGAUACCGAUCCGAUACUUUGUACAAAUACGCCUAAUGUGUCUGGUAAAUAUACAAAAAAAGUAGAGUGUUUCAAAAAGAAUAUAAGACAUCAAAGUAAUUUAUUUAUUUGUUUUGAACUCCAAAGUCUAUUAUAGCAGAGGCCUUAUUCAGUAUAUAGUUGAGUUAAUACAAAAACAGAAUAGCAAAUGGAGGACACGAUCAUUGUUUGAAAUUAGGUUAUUAAAAACUGCUACUGCUGCUAAUGCUCUCCUCUUCUGUCUUCUCCUGUCUGCCUCAUAAUAAAUGCCUCGUAUUCUGGUUUGUGAUUUUAACCUGUGGUGUUUCACAAGGUUUAGUUAUUUUCCACCGUGUUCCUGUUAAUAAUAUACAUUACCUCGAAUGACAGACGUAUCAAAAGUAUCGACAUUUUGAAUUGAGAAUCGAGCAUAAAGACCUGGCAUCGGUAUUUCAGUAUCGAUCCGAUCCGCACAUCAAUAGCUCUGCUCAUAGAGUCUAUGGACCUACUAGACCUAAACUAUAUGUGUGUGUAGCCUAUGGGAGAGGGUACGCCGCUGAACCAGUCAAUGCGCUGAACAGAAACCCACUGUUAUGACUGCAGGUUCCGGGCCUAACCUCCACAUCCGUCAUGGAUUUCGUGCUGAGCGGCGUAGCGGCGUGCGGAGCGUGCCUGUUCACCAACCCGCUGGAGGUCGUCAAAACUCGGAUGCAGCUGCAAGGAGAGCUCCGGAGCAGGGGCUCCUACCAGGUUUAUUAUCGCAACGUGUUCCACGCUUUUUACACCAUCGGCAAAGUGGACGGACUAGCCGGCUUACAGAAAGGACUGGUCCCCGGACUAGUAUAUCAGUUUUUCAUGAAUGGAGUUAGGCUGGGCUCGUACGCCGUCAUUGAGUCCUCUGGAUACAUCCACACUAACGGAAGGGUCAGCGCUGCCAAAACCACUGUAGCAGGGGCCGUGGCCGGAGUAGUGGGAGCUGUCAUGGGAAGCCCUGUAUACCUGGUGAAGACUCAUCUGCAGAGUCAGGCUACCUCAUCUAUUGCUGUUGGGCAUCAGUAUAAACACCAGGGGAUGAUCCAUGCCCUUAAAGCCAUCUACAGGCAGCAUGGCAUUCUGGGUCUGUGGAGGGGCUCCAGUGCUGCUGUGCCGAGGGUCAGCGUGGGGUCAUCCGCUCAGCUCUCCACCUUCUCUUCCUCCAAAGAGCUUGUCAUUGACCUGCAGGUGUUCCCGAAGGACAGUUGGUUGGUGGCCCUGAGCGCAGGUAUGAUCAGCAGCGUGGUGGUAGUGCUGGCUAUGACCCCUUUUGAUGUGGUGAGCACACGACUCUACAACCAGCCUGUGGAUCAUCUGGGCAAGGGGCAGCUUUAUAAAGGAUUCAGCGACUGCUUUUCAAAGACACUGAAGAAGGAGGGCCUGUCUGGACUCUACAAAGGCCUGGGAGCGUCUUACUUUCGACUCGGUCCACACACCAUCUUGUCUUUGUUCUUCUGGGAUGAACUGCGGAAAUUGUACCAGCAGUACAGAUAACACCAGGGACAAAGGGAACAGGAAAAUGGGUAACUCAUUAAGUCUUGAGUGCACAGGUUAAUUGACUCUUCAUUUAAUGAGUUUACCAUUAUGAGGUGAAACACAAACCAGGGGAUACUGUCUUUUCUUCAUGGGAAAGAGCAAAUGUGACCUCUUACACUCCAAUAACAAAACCUAUGAACUGUCAGAAAUGUAGGUGAAAAAUAUCGAAACUGUCCACGGAUAUGAACAUACACUACGCUGUAUGUCUUUUUAGAUAAAUGCACCAUGAUUCUUUCAUAGCUUUUACACUCUUUAAUUAUGUCAUUCCAAAUCACAUAAAACAAAGUGCACCAUGUACAGUGUAAUAUCGCAUAUCAUGCUAUAUUUCCUGUAUAACAAGUCUUGACAAAGUCAAAGAGAACAUCUCAUCAGUCAGCCACAAAAUGUAUUCACACUUGGUUCUUUGUUUUAAGUUUUACUUGAGAUCCUUACAUCUUAGAUACCAAAUAGGUCAGGGUGGUUUAUGGUGAAGUGUAUAUGAAAUACUUCUUGAGUUUGAAUAUCUCAAAUGUAGUUGUAAGACAUUAUGGAACAGCGUUCCAACCUUAGAUGGAAAACAGUUUUUAAAGAGCUGAAAGGCACAUCCUUUCAUAAUGAAUGACAUGUUCCCCCUUAGAGCUAACAACAGAAGAAGAAAAACCUGAAAUUAGGACAAAGUAUGGAGCUCAUGUGCAAACGAAGCUAAGGCUUCUCCAUUGAAACUGCCAAAACAGGAUGUGAGAGCAAAUAUCGGUUUUGCAUGGUAUUUGCUUUGGUCAAACCUUGUUUCUGUAGAACAAUAAAAGGAGCCGAUACAUGUGUUACACAGGCAAGUGGCUUUCUGUGAUACAUUAAUGUAGCAUAACAAUGAAUCUAAUGUACUGUAAAGGUAAAUAUUAGAAUAUAAACACCACCACAUUCCUUAUGAUUUGUUGCACAAUGCUAUUGAUGUUUGAGCUACACUAUUGCAUUACAAUUUAAUUUUAAAACUGCCCUCAUUGUGUUUUAGGAGUAAUUAGGAUCCAUCAUUCUGAGCAGGGAGCUUACUGAAAGACAAUGUAAUAAAACUGAAAGCACGUUAUGUCCCUAGGAGCGUAGUUACUCAUUAAUAGGCAUGUUUAAAAGUGAGAGACAUCCUUCUGGGCAAAGUUUAUUUAUUAUAGCCAGUGGCUUUUUACAGAUUAUUGUGUCCUACAAAGAUUUGUUACAUUGAUACAGUUUGAAAAGCUAAAAUCAAUACAGCAUCGCAACAGAGACCGCACCAGUGUGUUUGUGAAGUGUGAAGCUCAGCAGUCCCAUUACCAUGAACUCAUAGCUGAUUAGCUGUGUUUUAAGGUGGCAACACAAUGUUUGUCAUGUCGUUGGGAAACCUAUUUAACUGAAGGAAGGUCACUCAUUUUACUUGCUCUUAUUUCAGUUAUGAAGUUUUGGUCUUCGUCUAGACAGAAUACAGCAAGGUUUGCCAAAUACGUAAUUGUGCUGAUGCUACUGUUCUGUAAACAUUGUGUAUGGUUCCUCUUAUAUAUAUCACUGAACACAUUCUUUAAACUUUAGGGUUAAAAUUCAUCUAAUUGGACAAGGUUACUGUAGGUUACAGUUAAAGCUCAUCUGACCCGAAAGGACAUUGUGCCAAAAUGAUGCCAUUAAGAGGGAACAAUUAAAUGAUUCUUGCCCUGUCAUGUUUCCCUCUACCUUUAAUUCAAAACUUUAAGCCUCAAAGUAAUUUAAGUUUCUUUUUUUUCUUUUUUUUAACCAAAGUUAUACAUUUAAAGAUCAUUCUUCUCUGAGGUGAAGGACCCAAUAUUAUCAUGUAGAUAUGAAUGAGAAGUGUGUACAGCAAUUAAUGCUUUUUGAAUAUAAAACUUUUAAGAAUGACCCCAAGCACAAAAGUUAGUGGUUCAUAUGAGUUAGGAGUUUAAGAAAUAGAAAUAUCUAUAGAGAGCGGUAAAUGAAGGAGGGAUACUAAUGUCAACUACAUGCUCAUUUUCACAUGUUUCCAUUGUUAAGUGUUAAUGAAUGUAAAAGGCUGCAACUUGGUCAGAAUGUAAUUCAGAACAUGUUACAAAGUCCAUGUCAUGGAACGGCUUCCAGUAUUUAUGUAUUAAGGGCAUCAAGAGUAAAAAAAUUAUCAAACUUUUUGUUGCCAUUGA